AUGCUCAUGAGAGCCAUCAACGGUUAUCUAGCAAAUAAAAGAAAGCUGGACCUGGCGGACUGCGCGGACGAAACCACUCGUUUGGCACAACGGACAAGAAGGCAUCUAAGCAAUGCUCUCUGUCUUUCACUGCAUCCCUGGCUCAUCCCCGGCCUCCAGGACUUCGUCGUGCCACUGGACCCAGAUGGGAAGAGACGAGAAAUGGACGCGUUGCCAAGUGACAGGUGUGGACGCAUUGGCAGUCGUAGUCACAAUUCAACACGUAGGCGGCCCAGGUCAUAUGGUUGCUUUUCGCUGAACAAGAGAGCACUGGAAUUCGGCAGCCAUUUGUGCAACGAAGCAGCACUAAUAUUCGGACAAUAUUCUUUUCUCAUUUCGUUUCUACUUCUUUUUCGACACGAUCUCCUUUUUCUUCUUUUCUGCCGUAUUUCAUUGUCAAUUGUUUUUUCUUUCUUUCUUUUUUCCUAUAAUACUUUUCUAUUCUUUCUUUCUCUUUCUUUCUUUCUUUUUCUUUCUUUCUUUCUUCUUACUUCUUUAGUUCUUUCUUUCUUCAUUGUUCUUUCCUUCUUUCUUUCCCUCUUUCUUUCUUUCUUUUUUAAUACUUGUAUUUCUGUUUUAUUUAUCCAUCUUGUUUUAUUCAUCUUUCUUUCAAAAUUCGUUGUCUUUCUUUCUGUUUCUUUCUUCCUUUCUUUUUUCUGUUUGUUUCUUUGUUUCUUUCUUUUUACUGUUUCUUUCUUUCUUCUGUUUGUUUCUUUCUUUCUGUUUCUUUCUUUCUGUUUCUUUCUUUCCUUCUUUCUUUCUUUCUUUCUUUCUUACGAACUUAUACUUUUCUUGAUCCAUAUUUGUCUAUCUGUCUUUUCAUAUCUAACGAUGUGUCUCUGUCUUUUUCUAUCUAUCUAUCUAUCUAUCUAUCUAUCUCUUUUCAUAUUUGUUUAUCUAUCGAUUUAUCUAUCCAUCUAUCUCUGUCUUUUCAUAUCUAUCUAUUGA